UUGUUGUUCGAUGCUACUUCUUCUACAACAAUUCACAAAAAUUUUACGACAUUGUUGGAAAAAAAUCACCUUGGAGAUUUGACUUUUCUUUUUCUUAUGCAAAUAAUCGCAACUGAUUCGGGUUUAUGGGAAGUUAAUGGGCGAGGGAAAACACAGUAGAAACGUGUAGGUUUUAGAUUUGAAUUUGAAUCUCACGUAGAAACGUGUAGGGAAAACACAGUAGAAACGUGUAGGUUUUAGAUUAAGAGGAUAAACGUGGGUUUGUGUUUAUCUUUUCUUUCAUUCUUUUUUUUAAUUUGUGUUUUUCACUUUUUAGCGUUUGACAUAUUUAUCCGGGGUUUAAUAAAUAAUUUGUAUUUUUUUUUGUUUUGUUAUUUGUAGAGAGUUAUAACCGUAAUUUCAUGGAAUUCUAGUUAAUAAGUAGUGUUUCGUUAAUAAUAUUUAUAAUUUUUUUUUUCAACUAAUAUUUACAGAUUUUGAGGAGUGUUGUGAAAAUUCCAAAUUUCAUAUAUGUUUGAAAUUUUGAAACAUUUUGGCGUCCCUCAUCCUCUAAUUUUUUUUUUUUUUUUUUUUUUAAUAAUGUAUGAUCUACCACACAUUAUGCUUGUGGUAAAUAACAAAAGGUGAUAUGGGUACUAACAAUAAUGACCACGAGCCUUGUUUGUGGUGGCUUACUAUAUUAACAACAUGGGACUUUGCACGUGGUCAUUCAUUUUUAUUUUAUAACAAACUAAGAUUUGUCCAUGGUAAAAAAUGUUAUUCGCUACGUGCUUAUUAUACUCGUGAUAAAUUUUUACUUUUUCUAACGAGCUUAUUAAGCCAGUGGUAGAAUUGCGUGGUAGAUAAGCUGAUGUCUUGUAGUGCAUGCACAUAGCUCUCAACUACAUGUGUUUUUUAUUUUAUUUUUUCUCUGCAGCCCAUGUUGAUUGCAUGAUUUAAACUUUUCUCGCUAACAACAUUUUCUAAUGGAAAAGAAAAGAGUCACAUUCACAACGGGUGGAAACUUUGGACGCAAGAUUCGAGAACCCUAGAGCAUUUGCAUAAGGCUAUAUAAGUACUGACCAUCAACUUUUAGUUAGCAUGCAUACCACAAAAUAAAAGUUCCAAAUCCUUUGAUCUUUUGUUGGUUCUUAAGCUCGUUACUGAAAUGAUGUCACCCUUAGUACUUCAAGUGAAACGAUUGCAGCCGGAACUUAUAAUUCCGGCAAAGCCAACACCUCGAGAAACAAAGUUUCUCUCAGAUAUUGACGACCAAGAAGGCUUGAGGUUUCAGCUUCCAAUCAUAAUGUGUUACAAAGACAACUCUUCGCUUAAUGAAAACUGUAAUCCCAUUAAAGUGAUUAGGGAAGCCUUAAGUAGAGCAUUAGUGUAUUACUACCCUUUAGCUGGCAGGCUUAGGGAAGGGCCUAACAGAAAGCUCACGGUCGAUUGCAAUGGUGAAGGUAUCUUGUUCGUCGAGGCUUCUGCUGAUGUCACACUUGAGCAACUAGGAGACAAAAUUCUACCCCCUUGUCCACUCUUAGAGGAGUUCUUAUUUAAUUUUCCAGGUUCUGAUGGAAUUAUUGGUUGUCCUUUGCUUCUGGUUCAAGUGACCCGUCUUACUUGUGGAGGUUUGAUACUUGCAUUGCGCCUAAACCACACAAUGUGUGAUGGACCUGGAUUUGUCCAGUUCCUGACCGCCGUUGCGGAGAUGGCAAGAGGCGCACAUGCACCAUUUAUUCUACCAAUGUGGGAGAGAGAGCUCUUGUUUGCUCGAGAUCCACCAAGAAUUACAUGUGCUCAUCAUGAAUAUGAAGACGUGAUUGAUCAUUCUGAUGGCUCAUACGCAUCCAAUAACCAGUCAAAUAUGGUUCAACGAUCCUUCUACUUUGGGGCCAAGGAGAUGAGAGUCCUUCGACAACAGAUUCCAACCCACCUAAUUUCCACUUGCUCCACAUUUGACUUGAUCACAGCUUGUUUGUGGAAAUGUCGCACUCUUGCACUUAAAAUUAAUCCAAAACAGGUUGUUCGAGUUUCCUGCAUUGUCAAUGCACGAGGAAAGCACAACAAUGUACGUCUUCCCUUGGGAUACUAUGGCAAUGCAUUUGCAUUUCCGGCUGCAGUUUCAAAGGCUGAACCUCUAUGCAAAAAUCCACUGGGAUAUGCUUUGGAGUUAGUGAAGAAGGCUAAAGCUACCAUGAAUGAAGAAUACUUAAGAUCAGUGGCAGAUCUUUUGGUACUAAGAGGGCGACCUCACUAUUCAUCGACAGGAAGUAAUUUUUUAGUUUCUGAUUUAACACGUGUAGGUGUUGGAGAUGUCAAUUUUGGAUGGGGACAGCCAGUAUUUGCUGGACCCGCCAAGGCCGUGGAUUUGAUUAGCUUCUACAUUCAACACAAAAACAACAUUGAGGAUGGAAUAUUGGUACCAAUGUGGUUGCCAUUCUCGGCCAUGGAGAGAUUUCAGCAGGAACUUGAGAGGAUUACUCUGGAACCUAAGGAGGAUAUAUGUAACAACCUUAGAUCAACUAGGAUCAUGUCAAUGAUGUAAUUGUUAAACGUAAUGCACUUCCUGUAAUGUAGAGUUGUGUCUCUUGGAACUAAUCCAAGAGUUAUGGCCAUUAUCAAAAGGUUUGAAUGU